CAUAUGACAAUUAUUCAUUCAUGCACCAGAAGACGUAAAGCUCCCCUCUCUCAGUAGCGGACCAUGGCUUGUUUAGGAGGCGGACCUUGCAGUGGUGACGGGGGUGCUUGUGGCGGCAGGACGCAACGCCAGCGGUCAUCACUGCCUCCAUCAUCAACUGGCAUUGCAAAUACUAAGCUUUGCUGCAAGUGCCAGGAGAGAGAUGGAGUGGCAAAGGCGAAUCAGACCGAGUCUCUUUGCCCACCCUGUCUCCGUUCCUCUCUCUUUGCCAAGUUCAAGCUUGCCGUCACCUCUCACGCCAUGAUCUCCCCAACUGAUAAACUCCUCGUCGCCUUCUCUGGUGGCCCGGCUUCCAGGGUGGCAUUAGAAUUUGUGAACGAAAUGCAGUCAAAGGCACAGAGAAAUGCAGAUGCAAGCAAAGAAAAAUGCUUAGCAGUCUUUCAGGUUGGAGUUGCAUUUAUUGAUGAAAAAAUGGUUUCACAAGCUUCAUCAACAGAAGCAUGUAGAGCUGUUGAAGAAGUCAGAGAUAUUGUUUCCAGCAUGGGGAAUCCAUCAAAGGAGUUGCAUGUUUUUCCUAUUGAAGAUAUAUGUUCCAUUGACACUGAAGGCAGUGAUGGAAAAGACCGAUUGAAGGACUUACUAGAUGCCAUUGAUGAUGUAACGGGAAAAGAAGAUUUUGUGCAGUAUCUGCGAAUGAUUUCAUUACAAAAGAUUGCUGUUGAUCAUGGAUACAGUAAACUGGUAUUGGGUUUGUGCACUUCUAGGAUUGCUUGCCAUGUGAUUGCAGCAACUGUGAAGGGACAAGGAUACUCCUUACCUGCUGACGUACAAUAUGUUGAUGCAAGAUGGGAAGUCCCUGUGUUGUGUCCUCUCCAUGAUUGUGUCAUACAAGAGCUGACUAUGUUGUGUCAGCUCGAUAAUUUGAAAACUUUGCAGCCACUUAAGGUGCAUCAGCCGAGUGUCAACAGUAUAAUAUCUUCCUUUGUGGCAUUAUUGCAGGAGGAAAAUCCUUCAAGGGAGAGGACAAUUGUAAAGACAGCGGAGAAACUCAGAUCAUUCAGUUUCAAUAAGCUAGUUCAUUCUAUUGAUAAGCUAGCAUUUAGGAGGAGGCAUAGGUUGCUUAGGUUCAACUGUAUUGAGUCCACUUCUUCAGAGGCCCUCUGUGCAAUUUGCAGUAGCCCACUUGAAAAAUCAGGCGUCCCAUGUAGUAAUAGUGAGCUUGAGUAUUCUCAAUCUGAGAUGGUCAUGUUUCGAUCUGUAUGCUGUCCUAGUUGUCAGUUUCAAAUUCUUCCAGAGGAGCCAUUGGACAUGGAGCGCUUCUAUUCAUUUCUGCCCCAGUCGAUGAUCAGAAAAGCAAAUGGAGAUGUCAUUGCUGAUCAGAACUCGCUAAGGGAUCAAAUACAAGACUGCUUGCUCUCUGAGGAUGAGGAUGGAGCAUAGUUAUAUGACUCCCUUGAAGUUUACUACAUAAUCAUUGGACUCCCAAGGAGAUCACGCUUUUGGGUUUGUAUGUGUUGUGCUCUUUGAUGAUAGCCAACCCUAAAUGGUGGGGAUAAGGCUAUGAUGAUGACGAUGAUUGUGUUAUGCUCUUUGAUUUUAAUAGAAAAAAUGUAUUUAUUUAUCGGAUAAAGAAUGGUUCUUAGUUUAUAUAUGGUACUUCAGUUU